UUUCGAGGUGCAUCAAAUGCUGUCGGUAAGCUUGUUGAAGAAUGCUCGGGAGACAAAAGUCAGAUGACAAUCGUUACGCACAGCAGUGGAAACCAUGCUCAGGCGAUCGCACUGGCGUCCAAGCUACAUGGAGUUAAAGCACACAUAGUCAUGCCUAUAGAUGCACCGACUGUCAAGAAAGAGGCUGUGAAAGGUUAUGGAGCUCAGAUCACGCAAUGUGUGAAUACGCAAGAGGUCAGUACAUGGGAGAUGGAUGUGUUUUGUGUGACAUUUAUUUUAAUGCCUAAUUUGUACCAAUUCAGGGCUUUCAAAAUUAGCUGAUGGCCCCUGGAGCUCUAGUGGGUGUGACGAAGUUUGCCACUGGUUACUUUGUUUAGUACUACCAUUUAAUUCUGCUUUCUUCCACUCUGAGCUUUCAAACAAAGUUAUUUUUUCUCAACCUAGGCUACUUUAUAGCCUGGUUAUUUUCGAAAAUGACACCCUAUUUCAUAAAACUGUUUUAGUUAUUUAAUUGCCAUCUUAAAUCCUGAAGUUACCUUGUUGAAGAAUGAAAUUUGGUUACCGGGUUCAAUUGUGUUGUUAUCUAAUCAAUAUUCACUCAAUGUUUCCGCAUUUCCGAUUUUUUAUAACUAUAAGCAAUUUUUUGUUUUGAAAUGAAGAGUCGUGAGGGUACGUGUGCAGAAGUUCUGAAGUCUGUUGGUGCAAAUGGACAUUUAAUCCAUCCAUUUGAUAACGUCAAUGUGAUUGCAGGGCAGGGGACCAUUGGUCUUGAAGUUCUGGAGCAGGUAUGUAAUUUGUAUCAUUGUAUCAGUUUUAAGCUGUCUUCCCUGGUGCAUCACAGAGGGGAAAUAGUCUAACGUAAUAAAUCCUCUGCUACACACGUAAAAAUACACAAGUUGUAACAAACCUGCAACAGACUUGCAGCAAUGCCGUUCUAACAACUUGUCAUCAGGAUGUGUUUGCAUUGCUUGUUGACAACUUGCUACAAGGUUGUUGAGCUUGACAGACUUGUUACAAAUUGUUCCAACAACUUGUUAUCGUCCUGCAAUUCUACAAUUUGUCAACAAGUUGCGAGUGACAACCUUGUAGCAACUUGAUGAUCAAUAACAACAUUGUCGCAACUUCUUGACAUUAGCUUGCUACAAGCCUGUUGCAAACACAUCCUGUUGUCUGUUGACAUAUUGUAAGAUUUUUAUGUGUGUACCAAAAUCCAUUCCUAAUUUCUCUUCCACUAGGUACCUGAUGUUGAAGCGCUCGUGGUUCCUGUUGGUGGAGGGGGGUUGCUAAGUGGUGUUUGCAUUGCUGUGAAGAACAUGAAACCUGAUGUUAAAAUAUUUGCAGCCGAGCCUCUGAAUGCCGAUGACUGUGCAAAGUCGUUUGCCGCAAAGAAUAGAAUACCUUUGCCAG